AUGGUGGUUGAGGACGGUUUGGUUUCAAUUAGACUUCGCUUGGUCUUCGUUUCGUUGGAGCUCGCCUUCUCUACCUUUGUCGGCUCAUAUCUGGACUUUGUUUGUUCGGAGUUGUUCUUCGUAGGAGGCCUGUGUUCGGAGUUUGGCUUUGAUUGGGUCCUGAGUCUUCUCGCGAUCUUGUCUCUGUUUAUCCUCCUUCUCGUGAAAGUGGUUCUUUGUUCCGGUUCAUGGGCAAUAUCGUUUAAUGGUCUUCGAGUUGGGCUUUGGUGGAAUGAUAGGCGUGUAUCUGUGGGUACUUUCUUUGAUGAAGAGUCUUCACUUCAAGCUUUGUUGUCUACGGUUUUUGAAGAGGGGAGCGGUCUCGAUGCUCAGUUUAGACUAUUUGGGAUGCUAUCGCGCCUUCAUUCUCUGUUGCUUUCGUCGCUUGGAAGAAAUUUAUUCUUGAUUGCUCUCCUUGUUGUGGUCCCUUUUAUUUUGCUCAUGUUGUGUCUGCUUGCGGUGGUGUCUUCUCUGCUCAGCUUCAGUGGUGUGUCUUUUGGACUUUUGGCUUCUCGGACUCGCGCCCUUUGGCUUGUCUUUCUGGUAGUCUGGUUUGGUCUCUGUCCAUCCACCAUUUCCUUGCCUUUGGGUAAUGUUUGUGGCUGA